AUGACUCAGUUUACUUUUACUCCUAAUGAAGGAAUGCAAUUUGCAAAAAGCCAUCAAAAAAAUGAUCAAGGAGGAGUAGAUGGUUGCUCUGAUGCUCUUGUAAUUCCUAUUCCACCUGAUCCUGAAAACUACUAUCUUUUAAAAGAUGAAUGGUAUCUCGAUUCUCAGUUAGGCGAAAAGUCAUGCCAAUCUCUCAUGAAAAAUAUUUGUGCCACAGUUAAUAUUAACUUGGAAGGUCGGGAUAUUGUUAAUCAUUCUGGAAGAUCUACACCAAUUACUUCCCUAUUUCAAAAAGGUGUUCCAACAGUUACAACUAUGUCAUUGACUGGACACAAAAGUGAAUUAUCAUACAGGAUUUAUGCAUGGCCAUCGCAGCAACAAAAAGAGGAGGCUCUAUCAUUAUUAAUAAAUAAUGUUGGGACCUUACCCUUAAAAAAUUCUAAUGUUUCAAGUAGCCUAAAUUCAUCAAAUAGCUUGAAAGUUGCAAAUAAUUCAGAAGCUACUACAAAUAAUUCAAGGGUUCCAAAUAUGCAAAAUUCUGAAGAACAAGAUUCAAUUAAUAAUGGUGGUAACAAGAUGGUCAAAAAUUAUUAUAUUAACACUGAAAGUGUUACUAUCAAUUAA